AUGGACUGGGAGUACCUAUCCCCUCUCGACCAGAUUCUUCCUCGUAUGUACUUUGGGGAGAUUCUCUGCUUCCCUUCUGCGGACACAAAUUUGUUCCCAAUUCUACAGCAAGGGCUGAGCAAAGUUGCGGCCAGCGUACCGCAUUUGACAUCCUUUGUUGUCCACGACGAUGCCCGACCUGGGAGGAUUCGACUCGAACGCGGCCGCGAUAACAUCGACAACAUUUUGGUAAACAGUAACGAUCCAUUAGAGAAGAUGCCUGAUUAUCAAAGCCUGAAAAGGACCUCAUUCCCCAUCUUCCCUCGAUCAUCUCUCUUCUAUCCUAACGUCCCAAAUGUACCCUGGGCAGCCCCAUGGCCUGUCAUGCGAGCCGAAGUCACCCGUGUGCGUGGAGGAUUCGUGCUUGUAGUUUUAGUUCACCACUGCGUUUUUGAUGGAGUCGCCUUAUCUGAGCUGCUCAAAAUGUGGGCCACUUGUUGUGCCUGUCAUGAUUCAGCGCAGCCACCGGAAAUCAGUCAAGUUCGUCUGAACCGAACGGUACUUCAAGGGGAAGAGUCGAAACAGGAGAACUUUCCGCCGGCGGACAUCUUUAAGAUCGUUAACAAACAGUCUUUUUUAUCUCAAACAAUAUCACUCAUCAAGCGCACAUUCAACCCAAUCCUACCAAAACCUCUGUCACCCACUUGGCCUAUAACUUUAUACCGUUUACCACAUGAUAAACUACAAGGUCUCAAACAAACUAUGAACCAGUUUGCUCCCAAACUUGGUGUGCGGUUUCUAUCUACAAACGAUGUAGUGAGUGCUCUGAUAUGGAGCUGUGCAACAAUGGCAAUGAGCACUUCAUUCCAGCGUUGGAAUCUGAUGAGCUAUUGCUCGACCGGCGUAUCGGUCAAUAUCCGGUCAAAGAUUCAGCCACGCCUUCCAGAUGACUUCAUUGGCUGCGCAUUUGGAGUUGCCUACAUUGAUAUGGCAAGAACAAACCUAUGUGCGGCCGCGGAGGUGGCAUCUUAUGAGUCUAUAGCUCGCGUAGCCGCUGCCAUACGCCACGGUGUAGAUGGAAUAACCAACGAGAAAAUGAAAGAAAUAUUAAACUAUGUCGACGGUCAAGACGAUCCGACAAAGUUACAAUGGCGACCGAAGAAGCUGAAUGAUUUCUACAUCUCCAGCUGGGCAAAUCAAUGCAUUUAUAAUGCCGAUUGGGGCCCUCAAAUUGGGAAGUGCGACGCUCUCCGAGUUGCCCAGAUAGCCUUGGCGCCAAUGUGCGUAAUAUUGCCACGACGAGCGGGAUUUGAAUCAAAGGACGGCCAUUGCGUUGACAUUGAGUUGGUUGUUUCACUGGAAAGUUUGCAUAUGGAUCGGUUUAAGAGGUCAAAGGCUAUGAAGAUGUUUGCAGAGAUAAUAGAUUGUUGA